GAUUAAAGCAGAUGUCCGCUAACUUCUGAGUUACUAAAACGGGCUGGGUUUUUUUUUUUUUAAUUUUCAAAAACAUCCCUCGGUGAACAUUUUGUGGAUUAGGAACAAGCGUGGCUUCGCCCCCCCCUCCCUUCCUUCCUCGUUUCUUCCCUCCCUCCAUUUUUCCUAUCGCGGACAUUACUCGGACACGUUGGCGGAGCAAGGCUGGCUUUUUUUUUCUUUCCUCCCUUUUAACAACAAGGAGGCUUCUUCUUCAAGUGUCGUCCCGGGCGCCGGACAUCAACUUGGCGAAUGGAUGCUCGGCACCCCGACGCGAAUAAGCUGGCAAACGUUACGGGUUUUAAUAUUUUCUGCGUUUUUUGAGGAUAUAACACGUCUUCCCCCCCUCCUCUCCCCGCCCGCAUCAACCGCCUUGGGGGUUGUGGUUGUUGAAGAAGAUGGCUAAUUUUAUGUCGGAUUUGACUUCCAGGGAGGAGAAAUUGUCAUUCCUCCUAGCGAUCGGCGGCUAAAGAAAGCUAGCUGCCACUUCUUUUUUUCCCCCUCUCCCCACCACUAUUCUUUUAUUGUCUUUCUGAGAAAAAAAGGAACAAAAAACACCCCCGUCACAGAUGAUAAUAAACUAAACUAAAGACGGCUUGGUUACACAUGUGAAGGAGAACAUGGUGAAUUUUGUGCUCUUUUGCAAUGCGCCGUCGAUGCUAUUGCUAGGACUCGGAUCUCCGUAAGGAAGAAAAUGAGUGAAGAUUCAACAAAUCCAAACAACGAUGACAGUUAUGCGCGUGUGAGAGCAGUGGUCAUGACGCGGGAUGACUCCAGCGGUGGGUGGCUUCCCUUGGGCGGCGGAGGCCUUAGCUGCGUUACCGUCUAUAAGGUCAACCGGGUGGAGGACAGCGGCAGCACCCACAGCGGUGGCAACAGAGGGAGCACCGGCAACCUCAGCCCCUGUAGCUCCAGUCCGACUCCAAGCCUCAGUCCCAGCCCUAGUCCCAGUCCAACAGCGGUGGAGUUCUACAUAAAAGGCGAGAGGCUCAAAGACAAAUUGGUGGUGCUGGAGUGUGUCCUGCAGGAAGGUCUGGUAUACAACAAGGUCAACCCCAUCUUCCACCACUGGAGAAUCAACAACAAGAAGUUCGGACUCACCUUCCAGAGCCCUGCUGACGCCCGGGCAUUUGAUCGAGGCAUACGCAGGGCUAUCGAGGACAUCAGCCAAGGCCGCAAGCCAUUUGGUGAAGGGGAUGCUCCUGAAAACGGAAUACCAGUAUGUGAGGAGCCUCCCUCCAUCUGCACCCCCAUGAAGGAGCCCUUCUCCCCCUUGAACAAUGUCGUCUCCACGGAGCCCUUCCGAGGCUGCUACGUACGCGCACAGCCCUUUGACGAGUUCCCAUCCAGCAACCGCCGCUACCUGCCGCCACAGGUGUCAUUCAAGCCGACGCGUCACGUCAGCUUUCACAUGGACGAAGAAGAGAUCGUCCGCAUUAACCCGCGCAAGGACGUGCUCAUCCGGGGCUACGAGGACUACCGCCACCCGGUCAUGUGGAAGCAGGAUUCGGACCGCGAGGACCUGGACUUCCCUGCCACCUUCCACAAACUGGACACUAAGAAGUGCGAGUACCUCUUCCCCGACGGCCCCGGCGGGGACUCCCGUUCGGGGCCCGGCCUGGGCAUGGACACUGCCAUCAAGACUCAGCCCUCGCCGCUGCUGAAAUCUAAAAAGGGGCGGCGGCGGCGGGAGGACGGCGAGCGCUCGCGCUGCAUCUACUGCCGGGAGAUGUUCAACCAUGAGGACAACUGGCGGGGGCAGUGCCAGGACGCCCCCGACCCCAUCAAGCAGUGCAUCUACAAAGUCAGCUGCAUGCUGUGCGCCGAGAGCAUGCUCUACCACUGCAUGUCCGACUCGGAGGGCGACUUCUCGGACCCGUGCUCGUGCGACACCUCCGACGAGCAGUUCUGCCUGCGCUGGCUCGCCCUGGUGGCGCUCUCCUUCAUCGCGCCCUGCAUGUGCUGCUACCUGCCCCUGCGCGCCUGCCACCACUGCGGCGAGGCGUGCCGCUGCUGCGGGGGCAAGCACAAGGCGGCCGGGUGACGCGGCCCCCCCGGACACCCUCAAAGCUAGCUAACACAGGAAGCGGAUCAAUUCCAAGCCGGCAUCCUUUUUUCCUUCCCCCUCUCAGACGGGGCGAUGUUCUUGAUCGCCAGCUCUGAGGGCUUUUGGUGAUUUCAGUUGGCGUUUGGCGCGACAAGCUGCAGUAGAGGACUAACUUAAGCUUUUGCGGGGUGGGAGGGGCGUCGAGCUGAGUCCGGGAGCUUCUUCUGAGGACGUGAGGAGACGAAGAUUUAACAGACUUGGAGAUGUUACUAAACGCACCUGUGCACACACACACACACACACACACACACACACACACACACACACACACACACAUACACACACGCUCAUUGACAAACCACAGGUUUAACGAACUCUACUACAAGAAAUGUGUAACUUUAUGAAGGAACGUGUCUUUUGUACAGACAAAAACUACAAGAAAACUAUCCAGAAAAUUAACUUGCUGUUUAAGUAUGCUAAAAGGGAUACCUUCUUGCUUUCUUUUUUCGUGUGAAGUUGCAGUCGGGUAACAGUGGCCUUUCCCCUUCAUGACGGUGUAAUUAGUAGACAGAAAAAAAAAACAUGCACUAGACAUGGCGUUCAUCUCUCACAUUAGUGUCAUUCUGUGUUACUUGAUCCCUUCUUUCCAACAAAAUCUCACGUAGAACAUUUGAUUGCAUUCCAAACACAAAAAAAAGGGACUCAUUCCAUUGUGGGAAGGGAAAAAUGGUCACCAUGCUGACUUUCCCUCUUAAGUACAAAAAGCAGUUUUUCGAAGAUGGCAUCUUGAUGGGUUUGUUUUUUAGCUCACUUAUUAUAUCUGCUGUAGUUUCAUCCUCCUGUUAAGAUUCAAAGUUUUGCUCAACCAGCAAGUUUUUGUUUUGGUGUCAGUGCUUCUAUUGGGAAAAAAACGACCAGGCACUUAAAAACCAGGCUAGUCUUUCAUUGAUUCUUGAAUUAGUCUGGAGAUAAAAAGCACUGCUCUUCAACGCUUUGGUUGCAGCACCCUCCCCCAAAAAAAACCCGUUUGUACAACAAUCACUUCUUUUUAUUUUGAUACUUUUUUUGUGCUCCUCCCUCGUCAUGUCCCAAGUUCACUCCUUCAUGUGUCUUUGUUUAAUAAGCCCUGGAUGAAUGACCGCAUUGUUUCAGGAACGUCGAGUAUCUCAGCUAUUAAAUACAUACAAAAUGGUGCGCGUGUGUAGGUCUUCACAUGCACUGGUAACGCCCUAACAUUGACAACUUUUUUUUACUUUGACUGACCGGCAUCCUCUUGCCUUAAAAGGAAUAGUCUUAUUUUCUUUGGGAGGCGAUGAAUAUAUUCAAUAAGAAAACAUUUGUAAGAUAAGCUAGCAAGCUAUUAAUUAGCACUUCAGCGUAGUCCUAAAGGUGUGUGAGAUUGUGAAAAAACAACAACACCCCCUUAGGCAGACCUGGGCAAAUUAAGGCCUGGGGGCCACAUGCGGCCCGUUAAGCUUUUCAAUGUGGCCCGCCGGACAUUCCCAAAUAAUUUUUUUAGAUCUUUAAGAUGGAAAGUGUAGCUGCCAUUAUGAUGUGCAGUCAUGUUUUCUAAUGACCGUAAGUCUUCAACUAUACAAAGUAUUUCAAUGGUUGGAAUCUGCGCUUUUGCAUGAUAUACUAGUUACUAUGGUCAUCUAAUUAGUUACUAUGGUAAUCUACGUCACAGCAGCUCAGACGAGGCACCAAGCAGUGUGGGCGGGAAGCGUUCCCACAGACGCGGAAAGAGAUUUUCACAACAAAGUUCUAAAGCUUAGUGAUAUAUCAGAUUGUAGGUGGGUUUAUUUUGUUCCCUUCGCGUUCAUACUUCACUGUUUGUUGCAUUUUUGUUGCGUUUCACUUGAUUGUAAAAUGUGUCGAUCGAAAGGGGGUGUGACGUUCAUAUUUUGUCAAUAUUCAGCGUUUUAUCCUUCAUAGAAAAAUGUAAAAAUUCCAUUACGUUUAUUAAGGCGGUCUGUCAUAACGUUUUUAGCAUUCAAUCAGACAUUAUUGUGAGGUUUUGUAUUAGUGUUCCUAAAAAUAGAUAUACCGGCCCCCAGACACAUUUUUUUCUCUAAAUGUGGCCCCCCGAGUCAAAAUAAUUGCCCAGGCCUGCUCUUAGGGCUCUGUUUUGUUGGUGUUUUAAUUAACAUUAAACAUGGCAUUACAAUUUACAACAAAUCAGCAAGUACACGCAUGCGCACACAUAGCAACAUCCUGCCGUGCUGCUGCAGUUUUACGACUUUUGAGUCGUAAAAAAAAUUGUACAAAAAUAUCGGAUAUGCGUUCGCAGUGUUUGGAUCGUGAAAAUUGUAGUACUGCUGUUAAAUAACGGGCUUGAAAAACAAGCUUUUUAUUUCCAGCUAUGUGACCACUUAUGUCACCGGGGUCAAAGCUAAGAUGAAAAGUGCCGUUUCCAAAUGUUAAUAAUGAAAGUUGUUGACAUUUUGAAAGUGGAGUUGUCAACUAUUUCAGAUUAUUAGUAGUUUUGCAAACCAGUUGAUGAAAAAAAUGUGGCUGACAGAUCGGGCAGUGACAUUCGCGACAUUCCAGAUUUGUGAAGUAGGAGAUAUUCCACUUGUUAGCAUUAGCACUACAUUAUAGUCAAAAUAGAUAGAAAAGUGUCAACAGGCUAAUCUUUUUUUGAAUAUGUUUUAUCACUACAUAAAUGGGCUCCGAAGUUGCGAAAGGACGAGAUUGUCAUUUUCAAAUUUCUCCGUUUUUCGUUACGCGUCAUUGUAAUUAUGCUGGUUUCUGAGACUACAGGCAGGCCGGAAAUAUUCUUACAAGGUCCAACAUUAAGCAUUUUCAUCCCACAAUAAGCUUAUAAUUGCUGUUGUUUCUGAAAUGAUGUUGUCUUUUUGCGGCCAAAUUGUUUUUUUUAAGACAUUUUGUGAAACAACAUCUUACAGAGACGACAUAACCACCUAUCUACACAGCUGUUUCCAUGCAAAACAGAUGUGAAAUGAGGUUAUCUCCUACUACAAACAAACAAAGAUCAAAGUUUUAAGCUUUGCACAUCCCGGUUUUAUUAAACGCAGCAUUAAUUCACAGAUUUUUUUUUUCCCGUAGCGUGAAAUGAAACGAGCCAAAUGUAAACAAAAACAUCACCAACCGUGCGUGAUUAACCGCUUAGUUUUACCACAAAUUACCUUGGUAGUUAAUUUGAACAUUUAUAUUCUGUAUAUCAACAGUACCUUUGCUAGUUGCGACCAAGUAUGGCCUCACCAAUUCCGCAUAAUGGAAAACAUUCUUACUUAUUAUACUUAUACCUCAAAUUGUGGAGAAAAAGUUGAACAAAUGUUAGAAUUUUA